UCUGGAGGAGCAAAACCCUUCCGCAGGUAAAAACCCCAGAUAGGGCGGUUAUAGUGCGCGAGAGAGAGUUCGAAAUCGCCACCAUGAGGCCGCUAGACGAGAAGGAGACGACCCUAGUUUUUGACAAGCUAUACAAAUUUGUGGGAAACAAUCUGCAAAAAAUUGUGAUGGAAAACCCAUCUUACGAAGGACCCGACCCGAACCCAGGACGCUACUGCUUUCGCCUCCAGAAGAACCGGGUGUACUACGUAUCUGAAUCUUUAGUCAAGCGCGCCACCAACAUCAAGCGGGAGAAGUUGGUGUCGAUGGGUACCCAAAUAGGAAAAUUCACCAAGAGCGAUAAAUUCCAUUUGACGAUUCAGGGGUUGAAUUUAUUGGCCGCUAAUGCUAAGCACAAGGUUUGGCUAAAGCCCACUUCGGAGAUGAGCUUUUUGUACGGGAACAGUGUGUUGAAAGGUGGGGUGGGGAGAAUUACUGAGAAUAUUCAGGUGAAUGAUGGGGUGGUGGUGUAUUCGAUGGCGGACGUGCCGUUGGGGUUCGGGGUUGCAGCCAAGAGCACGCAGGAUUGUAGGAAAAUGGAUCCGAAUGGGAUUGUGGUGCAUCACCAUGCUGAUAUUGGGGAGUACUUGAGGAUGGAGGAUGAACUUUAAUUGAUACGAAUUAGGAAGAAUUUUGAUAAUUGGUGUUGUUGUUUUAAUGAACAAGCUUUUUCCUAUAACUUCUAUUAAUGUCAUUCGUGUUUUAAUUUUGUGAUCCAAUGUAUUUCAAUUUUGGCUGAAUUCUCGUUU